CGACAAUCUAAACUGAACUCAAACAAGAAAAAAGAAAAAGAAAACGAUGUCUCUUUCACUUUCUUCCCCUCCAUUUUUGUCCCCCUCGAAAAAUCGUAGGCACCUUCUCCUACCUCCUCGGUCUCAACCACUGCCGGCGAGUCUGAAUCGGAGCCCACUUGGUAGCCACCAACGCAUUCUCAAGCUCAGUGCUCCGUCUAAACUCCGCUGUUCAUCAGCCAUGGCCAUUCAAGAGGGCCCUAUUUCGUCCUCUUCGUCUCUUCAGGACAGCAUGUUGUAUGCUCGGGCAUUUUGGGUCAGUAAAGAGACUAUUGCUUGGGAUGUGGAUGCUGGAGAUGGUUCAUAUUUUUUGUACGGCAGCAAAAACGCAAACCUGUCUGUAGAAAAUGGGGAAAUUCAAGGCUAUGACGUAAAACUUAUGCUUGAGAUUGGUGAAGGAAUGCUUCCUCAUCACCUCUGGAUGUCAAAAGUGUAUUGAAAUAUCAACUGGCUGUUGCUGCUGUAGACUCCAGUGGACAAUGCUUAAAUAUAACUGGUCUGCAAUUACCAGGUGUCUUAGAUGAACUAUUCUUUUAUAAUGGUCCUCUUGGCACAAUUUUUUCAUCUGAAGCUGUUUAUCUACAUCUUUGGGCACCAACAGCACAGAAAGUGCGUGCACUUAUUUAUGGCGAAGCUGAAGGUGGGUCCCCCUUAGAAGUUGUUGAGUUAGAGGAGUCAAAUGGAGUUUGGAGCACCGAAGGGCCAGUUACUUGGCAGGGAUAUUACUAUGUAUAUGAAGUGUUUGUUUACCAUCCUAGCACAUUGCGGAUUGAAAAAUGUAUAGCAAAUGAUCCAUACGCAAGAGGGUUGUCAGCUGAUGGCAGGCGAACAAUCAUAGUUGAUGUUGCUUCUGAGACAUUGAAACCGGAAGCAUGGGAUCAUCUAGCGAAUGAAAAGCCGAAUCUUUCUUCGUUUUCCGACAUCAGUAUUUAUGAGCUGCAUGUAAGAGACUUCAGCGCUACUGAUGACACGGUUCCAUCUCUCUUUCGUGGUGGCUACCUUGCCUUUACUACUCAGGACUCUGCUGGAAUGCUUCAUCUUAAAAAGUUAUCGGUUGCUGGUAUCACGCACGUUCAUCUGUUGCCAACCUUCCAUUUUGCUGGUGUUCAUGAUGAAAAGAGUAAAUGGCAGGGUGUAGAUUUGCAACUGCUCAAAUCAUUUCCACCUGACUCUGAUGAACAACAGGCUUGCAUCACAGCUGCUCAGGAUGCGGAUGGGUAUAAUUGGGGAUAUAAUCCCGUUCUCUGGGGUGUCCCAAAAGGAAGCUAUGCAACUAAUCCUAAUGGUUCUGACCGAGUGAUUGAGUUUCGCAAGAUGGUUCAGGCACUCAACCGAAUUGGUUUACAUGUUGUGCUGGAUGUCGUUUACAAUCAUUUACAUGCGAGCGGCCCCUAUGACGAGUACUCUGUACUUGAUAAGGUCAUGUGGAAAAAUGUUGACUGAAUUUACAUAUUAAGUUUCUUUGAGCAAUAAUUUUCUUGAUAACAGUGCACCUACCUGUGCAUUCUAAUAUUUCUUUAGUGAUUACUUGGAAUUUAUGCAAAAUUUUGAAAUUAAACCUUUUUUUUUCCUCAAAAAGUAAGUAUUCAAUUAAUAAAUCCAUGUCAAUUGAAACCAAGGGUUGCUAAAUUUAUUGACAAUGUAGAAUGUAGUACCUCUUCCGCUCACGCUCUCUUUUGUGAAAUUAUUUUCUUUUCCUUUCAUGUGACCUAUUUCGUGCUUCAAAUUCUUUUACUAGACCAAAUUAAUUGCAGAUUGUUCCGGGUUACUACUUGAGGAGAAAUCUUGAUGGCAUUAUCGAGCAUAGUACAUGUACAAACAACACGGCCAGUGAACAUUCAAUGGUUGAACGAUUGAUUAUUGACGAUCUCUUGCACUGGGCUGUCAAUUAUAAGGUUGAUGGCUUUCGCUUUGACCUCAUGGGUCACAUAAUGAAGCGUACAAUGUUAAAGGCUAAAAGUUUGCUCCAGAGGUUGACAAUACAGAAUGAUGGAAUAGAUGGCUCUAGCAUCUAUAUAUAUGGCGAAGGAUGGGAUUUUGGAGAGGUGGCUAACAAUGGGCGUGGUGUUAAUGCCUCUCAGUUCAACCUUUGUGGGAGUGGAAUUGGAAGUUUCAACGACCGAAUUCGAGAUGCAAUACUUGGGGGGUCCCCGUUCGGACAUCCACUUCAACAAGGCUUCAUAACAGGUUUGUCAUUGGAGGUUAAAGGAUGUGAAGUUUCAGUGCAUGAUGGUAAACCUGUAGCAUAUGCUUUAGGCCCUGUGGAAACAGUGAAUUAUGUUUCUGCUCAUGAUAACGAGACAUUGUUUGACAUCGUGAGUUUAAAGACUCCGGUAAAUAUCUCUGUGGGUGAAAGAUGUAGGAUUAACCAUUUAGCUACCAGCAUAAUAGCCCUUUCCCAGGGAAUACCUUUCUUUCAUGCUGGUGAUGAGAUUCUGCGUUCUAAAUCUUUAGACCGCGAUUCGUACAAUUCUGGUGAUUGGUUCAACAGGUUAGACUUCAGUUACAGCUCUAAUAACUGGGGAGUUGGUCUUCCCCCAAGAGAAAAGAACGAAAGAAAUUGGCCACUAAUCAAAACAAGAUUGGGAAAUCCAGCAUUUAUGCCUCAAAGGAGUCACAUCCUAGAAGCCUUUGAAAAUUUUUGUAGCUUUAUUCGCAUCAGAUACUCGUCCCCCCUUUUCCGUUUGCGUACAGCAAAUGCGAUCCAGGAAAGGGUUCGGUUUCAUAACACUGGUUCAUCGUGGGUCCCUGGGGUUAUUGUCAUGAGCAUCGAAGACGGUUAUGAAGGCUAUCCCGGACUUUCUCAGCUUGAUCCCAUCUAUUCUUACAUUGUUGUUAUAAUCAACGUUUGCCCAACUGAAAUCACGUUUACAAGCCCACCUCUGAGUGAGAAGCAUCUACAAUUGCACCCAAUACAGAUGACUUCGGCUGAUGAAAUCGUCAAGAAGUCGACGUACAACUCAUCCUCUGGCUCUUUCAGAAUACCCUCAAGAACCACAUCUGUUUUUGUCCAACCUCGUAUGACCUGAAAAAUUGACUGUGGUCUACGAUGGAUCUAAUAGAUUUUUCAUGUUGUUCAAAAGGGCUUUAUAAAAUACUCGUGUUAGAAUUAAAUUAUCGAUAUGUAUCUAAGCUUAAGAUUCUUAUAUUCUUUAAUUUUUUAGGGGUGUUCUUGAGGGGUGUUGCAAAUACCCAGCAAGAACUCCAGCCUUGGGUUUAGC